UCCAGAACCCUCUCCGAGACUUAUGAGGUGAGUAGAAAGGAGGGUAAAACACUCGCCGCUACUGCCGGAAGUGAGACGUGUUUUGUACCCUGGGGAAUAUUAUGUUAUCAAUAAAAUCCUUCUUUUUUCUAUUUUAUUUUCCAGCCUCCUGAUGGUCGGCUGACCAAGGAUGUGCUUGUUGGAGAGGGCGGCACUGGAGACGUCUACAAGGUAAGUUACCAACCAAUUCCUAGAGAGUAGGGGAACUGAACAAGAUUGUGAUCACUAGACACAAUCACACAAUGAUUUAGGCAGACAUAUCAAGCUUCUGGUUUGGGGGCUGCAUUAGACCCUCUCUUUCCUACUUGUAUAUAAGUCAACCUUUCUGUCUGUAUUACAGGGACGACACCAUCGUAGAGGCGUGGUAGCGGUGAAGAUCGCCAACAUCAGCCGAGUACUGUAUCUUUAUAAUUCCAAUCACUAUAUAUCAAUCCUAUUUGUGUAGUUGCCUAUGUAAACUAAAGGGAUUUCUAUUAUUCCACUCCAGGAUGAAGAGUCAGUCUGCAGGGAGCUGAAGUUUCUCCAGCAGUUCGGAGGCCACAAGAACAUCGCCUCUUACUAUGGAGCCUACUACAGGGCUCCACUCACGGAGUGCUCAUCGGAGCUCUUGGAAGUAAGAAAUGAUUUACUGUAUCGUGUUCAUUCCUCUUGUGCCAAAACAAUCUCCACUGGAAGUGAUAGAAUACAUGACCUGAAAUAAUUUCUAUAUAUUGCAGAUUGUUCUUGAAUACUGUGGUGGAGGCUCUCUGUACAACCUCAUCAGUAAGACCAAUGGCCAAUCCCUGAAGGAGACCUGGAUUGGCUAUGUCUGCAAGGAGGUUUUAAAGGUAAGGCCAGAUUUACCCCUUAAGGACUCUUCUUUAAUUGCAUCAAUUAUAUAUACAAUCUCUUUGUUGGGAAUUUUUAGUCUUAUGUCUGUUAUAGUCUUAUAACCUACAUCUCAAUCUCCCCAGGGGCUGCACCACAUCCACAAGAACCGGGCCGUUCAUAAAGACAUCAAGAGCCCGAACAUCAUGCUCACAGAGACGGCCAAAGUGAAGAUCAUCGACUUUGGACACAGCUGGGACCUGGACCCGCAAACUGGGUUGUGCCACGAAGCGGAAGGGACUCCACAUUGGAUGGCACCCGAGGCCAUAAGGCAGAAGGGCCAGCGCCUGGCGUACGACACCAAAUGUGACAUCUGGUCGCUGGGGAUAACCGCCAUCGAAAUGGCUGAGGGAGAACCACCAUACACAGGGAAAUAUCCAGUUGAGGACCUGAUAAUUGAAGCCCAACCACCGAAGCUUCAAUCAAACACCUGGUCACAGCAUUUUGUGUCCUUCUUGGAGUCCUGUCUGAAAAAGGAUCCUUCGGAGAGAGGGAGUGCUCAAGAACUCCUGCAGCACCCAUUCGUCACCCAACUACCACCUAAGAAGAUCGUCAGGGCUGAGAUAGAAGAACAUCUCCGGACUCUGCAGAACUUGCCGGCCAAGAAAGGUGAGGGAAUCCAUUAUAUUUGA